AUGCCUUCUCCACCUGCCGAUACGAAGGCGUUGGCUAUGGCCAUGCGCCAGACGCUCAACUUGCCAUCAACUCGGUUUCCUAUGCGUGCUAAUGCUGCUGUACGUGAGUUAGAGCUUCACAAACGAUGUGUUUCUUUUGCUUAUACAAAUCAGUCAAUAGAGAAACCAUUAUUUAUAUUGCAUGAUGGUCCUCCAUUUGCCAAUGGAGCUCUUCAUAUGGGUCAUUUUCUUAAUAAAAUACUAAAAGAUAUUAUUAAUCGGUAUCAAAUGAUGCGUGGAAAACGUAUUUGUUACGUGCCUGGAUGGGAUUGUCAUGGUCUUCCUAUUGAACACAAAGCAUUGACAUUAUUACAAUUGAAUGCCAAUGAACUGUCACCACUUCAAGUACGUGCAGUAUCGAGACAAUUGGCUCAAAAGGCCGUCAAAAAGCAACAAGAAGAUUUCAAACGAUGGGGUGUAUUGGCAGAUUGGUCUGGAGCACAAGAUAGUGUCUAUUUGACAAUGAGUCGCAAGUAUGAAGUUAAACAGUAUGACGUACUCAAGACAAUGGUACGUGAUGGACACAUCUUUCGAGGAUUUAAACCCGUGUAUUGGUCUCCAAGCUCCCGUACGGCCUUAGCCGAAGCAGAGCUAGAGUACCAGAACAAUCAUGUGUCCCAUGCUGCCUAUAUCAAGUUUCACUUCGCCUCCUUGGGGACGAAUUCGAGUCAAGAGACAGCAAAAGUGAUGAAAAAGGUCGGAAAACACUUGUCGGCCGUGGUCUGGACUACCACACCGUGGACGAUCCCGUCCAAUCAGGCUUUGUGUGUUAACGCGGAGCUCGAGUAUGUGAUUGUUCGUCCUUGCAACGUAGACUCGGAGGACUGUUAUUUGAUUGCAAAGGCACUACAGGAGACCUUUGCAGCGAUAUUAAAGGGAGAUUCAGAGACGGAAAUAGAGCUGGAAGUACUUGACACGCUCAAGGGCGCCAGUCUGAAAGGGGCAUACUUUACCCACCCGCUGGUGAAUCGUAAGGCGGUAGUGCUAGUUGGAGAGCAUGUGACGACGGACGUUGGUACUGGCGUGGUGCACACGGCCCCAGGACAUGGUCAGGACGAUUACUUUGCCUGGAUGGCGCACCAUACAACGCCUGGUGAACAUCCGGUCAUUCUUUGCCCCGUAAAUGAUGAAGGCUGCUUCACUUCUGAUGCUGGACAGGAACUUGAUGGUCUCUGUGUGUUGGACGAGGGCAACACUGCAAUUAUUGGCUUACUCAAAAAGUCAGGCAACUUGCUUUCCAUAAGUGAAUACCAUCAUCGAUAUCCGUACGAUUGGCGCACCAAGAAGCCUGUAAUUCUUCGUGCUACCGCUCAGUGGUUUGCUCGUCUGGAUGCGCUUCAUGCGCGCGGGAAGAAAGUGCUGGGGGACUCGGUGCAGAUGGUGCCGCCUAGCGCUCGUCGGCGUCUAGAGGCGACGCUGUCGAGCCGCCAUGAGUGGUGCAUUUCUCGUCAGCGUGCUUGGGGAUUGCCGAUUCCAGUAUUUUACCAUAAAGUCACAGGUGAGCCUCUGAUCACGGAAGAAAGUAUCGAGCACCUUCAAGGUAUCGUAAAGACGUACACCGUUAACGGUGAGAACGGUGAGAUUGAGCGUGAAGGAGCUGAUUGCUGGUGGGAUCUGUCCGUUCGUGAGUUACUACCAAAGGCGCUUCAGCAUCAAGCAGACCAGUACAAGAAGGGCAUGGACACAUUGGAUGUGUGGUUUGACAGUGGCAGCAGUUGGCAUGCGGUACUGCCUGAUAUUUUAGAGCCGAAUAAAGACGGGCUAAUGUGUGCUGACGUGUACCUUGAAGGAUCCGACCAACACCGUGGUUGGUUCCAGUCGUCACUGCUUACGUCGCUAGCGAUGCAGGGAACAGCGCCGUACAAGAACGUCAUUACUCACGGCUUCACUUUGGAUGAGAGAGGCAGUAAGAUGUCAAAGUCACUGGGCAAUACGAUCGUGCCCAACGAUUUUAUCAAUGGCUGCACAAUGCCAGUGCCCAUCAUCGACAAAGGAGAUAAAAAGAAAUCAAAGCGCAGCAACAACCCGCAAAAAGUCAUGAAGGUUAAUCAGAUGAAGGUACCAGCGUAUGGUGCUGAUGUGCUACGCUUUUGGGUGGCCACCACUGACUACACUGGCGAUGUAAGCAUUGGUCCUGCUGUCGUUAGUAAGGCCAGCGAUGGGCUACGUAAGUUGCGUAACACGGCGCGCUUUUUGCUCGGUAACCUGCAGGAUUUUGACCCAGCGCAGCACGCGGUCCCGUACGAUAAGAUGCAGUUUUCACUGGACCGCUAUAUGCUGCACGAAAUCAACUCGCUGGCUCAGACAGUAAGUGCGGCAUAUGAUGCAUUUGCGUUUAACCGUGUCCAGCACGCCCUUUCCCACUUCAUCUCGACGGAUCUGUCAGCUUUCUACAUGGAGGCCACUAAGGAUCGGCUGUAUUGCGAUAAAGCCGACUCUAAGACUCGGCGCUGUGCGCAGACCGUGUUAUGGCUGUCACUGCAAGCACUUACUCGUGCUCUUGCGCCAAUUGCACCACAUACGGCUGAAGAUAUUCGGCUGCACUGGGUUUCACAGUUGCAAGGGAACAUUCCCCUUGAAGAUGUUCCGGGCAGCGUGUUUCUGGAGGAAGGUUGGAUGCCUCGUGCCAAGGAGUGGAAAAAUGACGACUUGGCUCGUAAUUGGACUGCCAUCCGUCAGCUUCGCUUUGAGGUGAACCGAGUGGUCGAGCAGAUGCGUCAAACAGGUCGUGUCGGCAGCCAACUCGAGUGCAAUGUGUAUGUUCUUGCUUCCGAGUCUGACCCGCAAGUUGCAGCACUGCUGUCUCCACUUGUAAACACUUCUUCAGAACUUGAGGAUGUGUUUAUGUGCUCUCGCGUGGAACUCGUAGAUUCUGAAGCUGAAAUCGAAAGCGCAGAGCAAUUUAAGACAAAGUGCCGGUUGGCAAUGCGUCCAAGCGAUGCUCCGAUAGACGUGAAGCUGGUGUUAACUCCCGCCAAGGGCCACAAGUGUCCACGUUGCUGGAAGUACACAUUUGAGGUCGAUGCCGCGGAGACACAGCUAUGUUUGCGCUGUGUCCAGGCCACAAACCUUUGCAGCGUCACUGAUUUGGCACAGUCGCUGAUCAAUGAAAAAGCAUAA